AUGAGUCCCCAAAUCGUCGAUCUAGAUUCUUCUACUAUACAUGUGGAUACUGAUCACGGCUCCCUUCACCAUGGAGUGGGCCAGGAGCCCGUAGGUGCGGAUGAGAAGAAGGGGGAGAUCACGAGCCCCUCUCGACAGGAUGCCUUUGGAGACGAGGAGUUUGCCGAAGUGAAGUAUAAGGUCUUGAAGUGGUGGCAAGGUGGCCUGCUCAUGGUUGCAGAGACCAUCUCUUUAGGGAUCCUUUCGUUGCCAGCGGCCGUGGCUCAUCUGGGCCUGGUGCCUGCCAUCAUUAUUCUACUCAGUAUGGGCAUGCUGGCAUCUUAUACAGGCUACGUGAUUGGACAGUUCAAAUGGAGAUACCCGCAUAUCUCUAGCAUGGCGGACGCAGGCGAAGUGCUCAUGGGCCCGUUCGGAAGAGAGUUGCUGGGGUGUGGGCAACUGCUCUUUCUGAUCUUCCUCAUGGGUAGCCAUGUUUUGACGUUCUCUGUGGCAAUGAACGUGCUUACGGAUCAUGCUACGUGCUCUAUCGCCUUCGGGAUUCUGGGGAUGUUCAUCUCGUUUAUCAUGUCACUUCCCCGGACAUUGGAGAAGAUGUCCUGGUUAUCCUUGAUUUCGUUUGCGAGCAUAUUCUUCGCGGUUCUGAUUGUCAUGGUUGCCCUUGGGAUCCAGAAUCCAAGAGUCAUUGUAGAACCGACGGUGCAGACUAGUUUAGUCACUGCGUUUACGUCUGCGUCGAACAUUAUCCUUUCCUUUGGUAAGAUCAUUGAUGGAAACAUGUACAGCGUACUGAUUACUACAGCGAGUCACAAUACGUUCUUCACCUUCAUAGCCGAGCUCAGAGACCCCAAGGACUUCAAGAAGUCACUCGCAGUGCUGCAGGCAAUUGAUAUUUCUCUGUAUCUCACUGCCUCUGUGGUCAUAUACUGCUACGCAGGGAAGGAUAUUAUCAUUGCCGGAGUCAUCAACGGCCAUGUUGCAUCCAAGGCUAUCUACCUGCGGAUCUUCGCCGGCACGGACCGCAUGCACAAGCGGGAUUUAGUCGCCGUCAGCUCAUGGAUUGCCAUUGCGUUAGUCCUUUGGGUCAUCGCCUGGAUUAUCGCGACUGCUAUCCCUGUGUUCAGCACUCUGCUUAGUCUUAUUACUGCCUUAUUUGCCAGCUGGUUUACGUUCGGCUUCCCUGGCAUGUUUUGGCUAUUCAUGAACAAAGGUCUCUGGUUCUCGUCGCCUAGGAAAGUCUUCCUGACCCUUUUGAACACUGCUUCUAUUGGGAUCGGAAUGGUUUUGUGCGGCUUAGGACUCUAUGCUUCUGGUAAAACUAUUCAUGAUGACUCGAGCAGUCAGAGUUUCUCGUGUGCCAAUAACGCUUGA